AUUUGGCGAUUUUUAUUCAAUGACACACCAAAAAUGUUGAAAAUCUUAGGUAUAGUACUGCGAUUGCUGGCAGUCGCGUACUGUGUAGAAUCAUUUGUUAUUUCAGAUGAUUAUACCGUAACUGUGAAAACCAAUAAUGGAAAAAUAAAAGGUGGCUUUGGAGCUAGAUCACAUGCAAAUAAAGAUGAAAUUCUAUAUUGGUUUAGAAGUAUUCCAUUUGCCGAACCUCCAGUUGGAGAUUUAAGAUUUGCUGCACCUGUACCAAAAGCCAAUUGGUCAGGAGUUUUAGAUGUACGACAUAAAGCUCAGGAAUGUAUUCAAGGUUCACCUGUAGCUGGCAAUGAAGAUUGCUUGUAUCUAAAAAUAUAUAGCCGUCACAGACCAAGCAAAUUGCACAAACUCCCAGUAGUAGUAUGGAUUUAUGGAGGGGCUUUCUUUGAAGGCUCUGCAGACUUUGACGAUCACCGACCUGAUUUCCUUCUUCAUGAAGAUGUAAUCGUCGCAGCUGUUCAAUAUAGACUUGGAUAUUUGGGUUUCAUGUCGCUUGGAGAUACUGUAGCUCCAGGAAAUAAUGGAAUUAAGGACCAGAUAUUAGGGCUUAAGUGGAUUAAGGAAAAUAUUAGGAACUUUGGAGGAGAUCCCAAUAAAAUCACCAUUUGGGGUCAAAGCGCUGGAGCCGCUUCUGUGGCUUAUUUACUACAGGCAAAACAAACAAGAGGCCUCUUUAGUAAAGCAAUUCUCAACUCUGGAUCUAGUUUGAGCCCUUGGUCUUUGGCAAAAGAUCUUCCCGCUUCCACCAAGGAAGUGGCGAAAAAAUUAAAAGUAAAUACGGGAACAUCUUCUACGAAUAUUCUAGAAUCAUUAAGAAAGAUCGAUGUCAAAGAAUUGCAAGAAGCUGCGUCUUCUGUAAUGAAGCAGAACAUGCUCUUACGUAAUCCUCUGCAAGGUUUGGUUUUUACCCCGGUUAUAGAACCAAAUCACGACGAUGCUGUAAUAACUGAAUAUUCUCACGAACUACUGAAACAAGGGAAAUUUCACCAUGUACCCAUCCUAGCAGGAUAUACAUCAUUGGAAGGAUAUUUCAAUCAAUUAACAGCAAUCUUUAGACUAUGGGUAGCGAAAUUCGAUUUAUAUCAUCCACAACUUGUACCUAAUGAUAUGAACCUCCUACCAAUUAUAAAAAGUAUUAUAGCCGAAAGUAUUAAGAGUAAAUAUUUUGGUUUACUACCAGUUGCUUUGAGUACAGAAGAACUCAUGAGGUUUAUCGCAGACACCCAAUUUGAAAAACCUAUUCAAGAAGCUCUUAGACUGUAUUCCGCUUACACAAAAGUAUAUGCUUAUCACUUCUGCUAUGAAGGACCACUAUGGGGUCGUACCAAUCGUACUUAUAAUGGUGUUGGUCAUACUGAAGAUUUGGCCUACAUAUUUGACUAUAACAAAAAAGGAAGUGAAGAAGAUUACUUGGCAAGAGAACGAACAGUGAGGCUAUGGGCGAACUUUAUUAAAUAUGGCGACCCAACUCCAAAGCGUGAAUCAUUACUGCAGAAUGUCAUCUGGCCAGAAAAUUCUGUUGUUGAAAAGGCCGAAAACUUGAAAUUUUUAGAAAUUAACAAUGAUCUUACGGUGAAAGGUCUUCCCAAUUCUGACAAAAUUGUGUUUUGGAACAAUUUGUAUAGGAAAUAUGCAAGACCUCCAUACACUACUUAUUAAUAUGUAUAGACACUUACUAUUGUUGAUUUUACGUUAUUUUAGGUAAAAUCUAUGAAUAAAAUGUCUACGAAUAAAUAAAAUUACUAUACAAAACAUA